GUUUUAACUUACGCGCGCUGGUUAAAGUUACUUCAGGAAAACACAGAAGGUGAUCACCGACAAUACGAAAGUUUCCCAUCCAAUAAGCAUGGCACAGUCAUCUUGUAGAUGCUAUUGCAGUGUUCCUUGUUGUUCAAACAACAAACAUAAAUUUCCUUAUUUAAGUUUCCACGAUUUUCCAGUGGACGCUGAAAUACGUGCUCGUUGGGUUAGGGCAAUCAAAAGAGAUGAGGGACCGAGUUUUAAAAUCCUCGUGGGAGCACUUACGUGUGUAGUCAGCACUUUACCCCAGAGGAUAUAUGUACAUCAACCAGUGGACGAACCAGGAUUAAGAAAGGAGCAACGCCAUCUAGAUUCCCCUGGAAUGACUGGGGUAAAGGAAGAGCCUCACAAGCUCGACAGCCAGUUUACCAGAGAGCAAGGAAGCAUUUUAGGGCUGCAGUCCUAGAUGAAUCUCAGGAGAUGCCUGUCCCAGGAGACAUCACAGAGGAGGCACUGCCUGCGGGUGGAGUAGCAAAAGAUCAUGACUAUGCCUACCAUCCUUCUCCUGGUAAACUGGAUGCUGCUGCAUGGAGAAUUCAAGAGUUGGAGUUUCAGGUUGUGUCACUAGAACUGGAAAUCCAGCAGCUGACAGUUAAGCAGCAGCAGCCUCUGAUUUUCAAGUUCUGUGUCACAGAUGAGGACUUUCGUUACUACACUAGGUUCAGCUCAAAGGAGGUCUUCACUGUGUUUUGGGAGUCAGUUUACCCUUCUGCUUCAAGGCUUUUGUACUGGUCCAAGGCACAGCAAACAGCACAAGAGACACCUAGCCCUCAGCGAAAACUUCCGCUCAUUGAUGAACUGUUCAUGUUUCUCUGUCGUGUUGCAGCUGGUUUUCAGGAGAAAACCUUAUCAAUCAUCUUCGAGGUCAGCUUGUCUACUGUCAGUCGCAUCAUCUUAACAUGGACAAGCUACCUUUACCAGGUUCUUGGCUCGCUACCAUUGUGGAUGACGAGAGAGCAAGUGCAGGCCACAAUGCCUGACAAGUUCAAGCUCUACUGCCCUCAGGUGAGAGUGAUAAUAGACUGCACCGAGAUCCGUUGUGAAACAGCAUCUUCUCUCUUACUACAGUCGGAAACGUUUUCCAACUAUAAAAACCACACCACCUUUAAAGGUCUAAUUGGCAUUGCCCCAUGUGGGGUUAUCACAUUUGUUUGAAAUUGU